UACAAGCAUGAAUAGCAGACACAAAACUGUUUAUGACUCUUCUGCAUGAAUGCAUGAUUUUUCAAAACAAUUACUUUUCCUAAUAUUUAAAGGACAGAUGCAAAAAUGAAAGAGCUGUAGUACACCGGAAUGCAGCUUCAUUUGGGGCUACAAGAGCUUCUGAAACCACACCUGAUAAUGUGCAGUCUUAAAUGCUGGAGUCUCAGAGCCCUUUUUCUGUUGAUGAUGUGUAGGUCAAUGCAAAUUUCCAAAGCUGAAGGAAAAGGUGAAAUUCUGCCUCCAACUAUACAAAAAAUAAUAAAAGGAUACAACAAGUAUCUACGUCCAUUUUUUGAUAAUGGUCCCGUGUCAGUUGGAAUGAGUCUGGAUAUUGCAAGCAUUGAUACGAUAUCAGAAAUAAAUAUGGACUACACGGCUACCAUAUUUCUAAGGCAGCGAUGGACUGAUGAGAGACUUUGUUUUGAUGGUAAUAAAAGUUUAAGCUUAGAUGGUCGGCUGGUGGAAAUGCUUUGGGUACCAGAUACCUUCAUAGUUGAUUCAAAAAAGUCUUUUCUUCAUGAUAUCACUGUUGAGAAUCGUCUUAUAAGAAUAUACCCUAAUGGAACAGUCUUGUAUGCUCUACGGAUCACUGCAACUGUUGCAUGCAGCAUGGAUCUGACCAAGUAUCCGAUGGAUAAGCAGACGUGUACUUUGCAACUGGAAAGCUGGGGUUAUAACAUCAAUGAUGUCAUGUUUUACUGGACUAGAGGAAAUGAUUCAGUUCGAGGGUUGGACACACUCCAACUGGCACAAUACACAGUAGAAGACCACUUCACAUCUGUGUCUGAAGCAGUAUAUGAGACAGGACGUUACCCGAAACUAGUGUUUCACUUUGAACUGAAGAGAAACAUCUUGUAUUUCAUACUAGAGACAUAUGUGCCAUCAAUCCUGUUGGUUGUGCUCUCCUGGGUAUCAUUUUGGAUAAGCCAGUCAUCAGUUCCAGCCAGAAUCUGCAUAGGUGUUACCACAGUACUUACUAUGACAACACUGAUGAUGGGAGCCAGAACUUCGCUCCCACAUGCUAAUUGCUUUAUUAAGGCAAUUGAUGUCUACCUUGGUAUCUGCUUCAGUUUCAUUUUUGGAGCACUGUUAGAGUAUGCAGUGGCUCAUUUCUGCACUUUGCAUCGACUCCGUUCAAAGGAAAUUCCAAAGGAUGAUGAUGAAGAGGCUGAAGAAGAGAGGAAUGGAGUCUUGGCAGCAGUCACUAACAGUUGCAGUACCCCUGACAAUAUAAACAAGAUCAAUUCAGACAGAAGCAGCAAAACCAACACUGACAGAAAAAGGGAAGGAAGUAAACACAGUGGGUACGCUUCACUGAUGUCAGUAAUGAAAAGACUUUUCUGUAUCUUUGAUUGCUUCCAUGUUAAGAAUCCUUACCACAUAGACAACUAUGCCAGAUUUUCUUUCCCAUUAUCAUUCAUCAUAAUUAAUGUGUUAUAUUGGGUAUAUUAUUUGUAUUUUUAAAUAUUUUAAUGUAUAAAAUUAGUUUAAAGUUUAGGAAGUGGAUAUGGGAGGGGAGGUUGCAGAAGAAAGAAGUUGCAUUUGGAUAAAGGGAUAUGAAAAGACAUGCCAUCUUUUCAAGAAUUUUGAUAAAGUUUCUUGCUAACUCACUUUUCCACUGUUAAAUGACUGUCACCCAAAACUGACUUUCCUAUUAGCAUGCAUGUCCCAUAUUAAACUACUUAUCAAAGGGCAGUAAGUCCUUUAAAAAAAAUUGAAUUGUCAACUUUGUAAAGUGAGAAUUACAUUAUACUUGUUUCUGAACUUCAUUGAAUACAUUUGAAAAUAAAAAUAAUGAAGUGUUGUUUUCCUGCUAUGCUUCUCCUUCUAGCUUUGUCAAUAAUGCAUAAAUUUUCCAGAUUAUAUGAGAAAAUGUAUAAUUGCAGAUCAAAGUGGUUUGGCUUCAGUAAGAAACAGUUUUGAAGGCAUGGGCUAUCAACAGAAGCCAAACAAUAUAUAUCUUUCUAAGGUCACAAAUAUGUAUCGAGAAUCUCUCCUACAUCUUUAGAUAGAACUGUGGUAGGUAUUGAUGACAUUUUUAAGUAAAUGCAGGACAGAAUAUAGAAAUGGACCAGGUCCAAAACAUUUAGAUCCCAAGGGAUGCUCUUCCCAAGUGAGG